CUUCCCUUUAACCAUAAUAAGCAUGGGAUACUCACAAUCCUUUGGCUGCUUCUUUCAAAAUGCAAUGCCUUACAUCGUUGUCAUCUCCCUCACAUUUGGCUACGCCGGAAUGAAUAUUAUCUCCACCAUCUCCCUCGACCGUGGUAUGAGCCACUACGUCCUCGUCGUCUACCGCCACGCCUUUGCCACCGCUGUCAUGGCACCCUUUGCUCUUUUCUUCGAGAGGAAAGUAAGACCUAAGAUUACAUUUAAGAUUUUCGUUCAGUUAUUUGUUUUAGCUCUUCUCGGGCCAGUUAUCGAUCAAAACUUAUACUAUUUAGGGCUGAAAAUGACAUCUCCAACUUUCUCGUGUGCCAUAGGCAACAUGCUUCCUUCAAUGACGUUCAUCAUGGCAGUUCUUUGCAGAAUGGAAAAGUUGGAUUUGAAGAACGUGAGAUGCCAAGCCAAGGUGUUAGGAACAAUAGUGACGGUGGUGGGAGCCAUGUUGAUGACAUUUUAUAAAGGAAGUGUCAUCAACUUUUUCUGGACCGGGCAUGUCCGCCACCCAAACACACCACCCACGGCGGAUGCCGCGGCGGCGUCCAACCCCCACAACGACGGAAAGUUCAUCAAAGGCUCCAUCUUGCUCAUCAUCGCCACUCUAGCUUGGGCCGCCUUCUUCAUUCUCCAAGCCAUAACCUUGAGAAAAUACACAGCCCAUCUUUCUCUCACCACCAUGGUUUGCUUUUUAGGAACCCUUCAAGCCAUUGUCGUCACCCUCGCCAUGGACCACCCCCGCCACUCCUGGUCCAUCGGCUGGGAUAUGAACCUCUUGGCCGCCGCUUAUGGGGGGAUUGUGAGCUCGGGAUUGGCAUAUUAUCUUCAAGGUUUGGUGAUGAAAAGAAAAGGGCCAGUUUUUGUUACAGCUUUUGGGCCUCUAGUGAUAGUGAUUGUGGGCUUCAUGGGCUCUCUCAUCUUGGGUGAAAGGGUUUAUGUUGGAGGGAUAAUUGGUGCAGUGCUGAUUGGCGUAGGGCUGUACUCUGUUUUGUGGGGUAAAUGCAAGGACGUUGAAGACGCUACUGAAGCGGUCGAAGGUGAAGAAUUGCCCGUCAUAAACCAACCCGUUUAAGCAAUUUUGUGAUACGAAAUAAGGUGUCUUAAUCAUGUCAUAAACAUAUCGAAGACAAGUUCUUUGAUAAACUAUAGGUUAUUUUAAGGUUUA